GCGUCACGAUGGAGUCCGCAGGUGGCUGAAGCUACAAACCGCCUUCAGUUCAGUUGAGUAGCGUGUGAGACGUCCAUGUUUGUUCGGAGGAAGUCUUCCCGGAGGAUCCCAGCCCGCGACCGCUAGGCCGCCGCGAGACAGCCGACUGCGCGGCGCCGUUUGCGGGUUUCAGCAGGUCACCAUGGCGACGGACAUCAGCUCGCCGCAGCGCUUCUUCCACAUGCCGCGCUUCCAGCACCAGGCGCCGCGCCAGGUGUUCUACAAGAGGCCGGACUUCGCCCAGCAGCAGGCCAUGCAGCAGCUCACCUUCGACGGCAAGCGCAUGAGGAAGGCCGUGAACCGCAAGACCAUCGACUACAACCCGUCUGUCGUCAGACACCUGGAGGUGACUCUGUUUGACCCGGUCUCUGACCGCCCUGACCAUCGACUGACCGGUUCCCUGCAGCCGGACGCCGGCUGCUACAACGACCUGGUGCCUCCUGUGGGCAUGUGCAACAACCCCAUGAACGCCGUCACCACCAAGUUCGUCAGAACCUCCACCAACAAGGUCAAGUGCCCCGUAUUUGUGAUCCGGUGGACUCCUGAAGGCCGGCGCCUGGUCACUGGAGCCUCCAGCGGAGAGUUCACCCUGUGGAACGGACUCACCUUCAACUUUGAGACCAUUCUACAGGCCCAUGACAGCCCGGUGCGGGCCAUGACGUGGUCUCACAACGACAUGUGGAUGCUGACGGCGGACCACGGCGGCUAUGUGAAGUACUGGCAGUCCAACAUGAACAACGUGAAGAUGUUCCAGGCCCACAAGGAGGCCAUUAGGGAAGCCAGCUUUUCUCCAACAGAUAAUAAAUUUGCCACCUGCUCCGAUGACGGCACCGUGAGGAUCUGGGACUUCAUGCGCUGCCACGAGGAGAGGAUCCUCCGAGGUCACGGUGCUGAUGUGAAGUGUGUGGACUGGCACCCCACUAAGGGUCUGGUGGUCUCCGGCAGCAAAGACAGCCAGCAGCCGAUCAAGUUCUGGGACCCCAAGACGGGACAGAGUCUGGCCACACUCCACGCCCACAAGAACACGGUGAUGGAGGUGAAGUGGAACCUCAACGGCAACUGGCUGCUGACGGCCUCCCGGGACCACCUGUGCAAACUGUUCGACAUCAGGAACCUGAAGGAGGAGCUGCAGGUGUUCAGAGGACACAAGAAGGAGGCCACAGCUGUGGCCUGGCAUCCUGUCCAUGAAGGUCUGUUUGCCAGCGGAGGCUCUGAUGGCUCUCUGCUCUUCUGGCACACCGGGGUGGAGAAGGAGGUUGGCGGGAUGGAGAUGGCUCACGAGGGGAUGAUCUGGAGUCUGGCCUGGCACCCGCUGGGCCACAUCCUGUGCUCCGGCUCCAACGACCACACCAGUAAGUUCUGGACCAGGAACCGACCCGGGGACAAGAUGAGGGACCGCUACAACCUGAACCUGCUGCCGGGAAUGUCAGAGGACGGCAUGGAGUACGACGACAUCGACCUGAACAACAUGGCCUCCAUCCCGGGGAUGGGCAUCCCGGAGCAGCUGAAGGCCGCCAUGGAGCAGGAGCAGAGCAGUAAGGAGUCGGCCCCUGAGGUGGAGAUGUCCAUCCCUGGUCUGGACUGGGGGAUGGACGAGGUCAUGGGCAAGGACACCAAGAAGGUCCCCCAGAAGAAGGUCCCCUACGCCAAGCCCAUCCCCGCACAGUUCCAACAGGCCUGGGCGGAGAACAAAGUGCCCAUGAUGCCCCCUGGUGGAGAUCUGGGCAAAGACCGGAAGGUGGAGCAGAAAGUGGACGGCAAAAAGAAAAGUCAGUCUGAGAUGGAGCAGGAGAUGUACAGCAACCCCAUGCUGCUGGAGCAGAUGAAGAUGGACCGGAUGAACACCGAUGGGAACUUGGGGCCCUCCCAGGGCCCCGGCGCCAUGCCCCCCUUCCCUGGAGGCCAGCAAGGUUUCCCUCCUAACAUGCCUCCUCAGCAGAUGGGGCCUCCGAUGGGCCCCGGAGGCAUGCAGCCUCCUUUCAUGUCCCAGGGACAGAUGGGGCCACCCUCUGGACCCCAGUCUCACCAGGGGGGCCCACCAGACAUGCAGAGACACCCGGGUCCGCCGAGAAAUAUCGGGCCCCAAGGUCCUCAUGGCUUGGGACCCCGAGGGAUGCAAGGGCCCCAUGGUGGGAUGAUGGGGCCCCCUCCUCGAGGAAUGGGACCACGGGAUCCUCAGGGUCCUCUAUCUCAGGGGGGCAUGAUGCAACCUCAGGGGAACAUCAUGGGCCCUCAGGGUGGGAUGAUGGGGCCCCCACCCAGGACACACGGCAAUGUGCCAAACAACUAUGGGAUGGGCAACAUGCAGGGGCCCUCGGGGGGGCUGCAUGGGCCUCCAGGUAACGUGCAGGGGGCCCAAGGGAACAUCCAAGGACCCCCAUACAUGCAGCACCAGAACUCGGGGCCGAUGAUGCACGGGAUGGGGCCGCAGGGGCCCAGCAGCAAAGACCCCCGGGGACCACCGCCCAACAACCACCACAUGGGCCCUACAGACCGGCAGGGCCCUGGGGGCCCGGACCAGGGCUCAGGUUCUUACUGGGGAGACAACCAGCAGGGCCGGAGAGGAGCGCAGGACUUUGAUGGAGGACAAGACUUCCACAGCAGAGAGGAGAACUGGAGACCAGGAUACCAGGGGGGGGGAGGGGGCCACCGGGGGGCUGGACACCGAGGGGGAGGGGGAGGAGGAGGAGGAGGAGGAGGAGGAGCAGCAGCGGGAGCGGGAGCGGGGGGGGGCAACGUAGGGAACUGGGGCCCCGAAGAGAGGUUCGCUGGAGGAGAUUUCAGAGGACGCAGAGAUGACAGGUUCAGGGGAGGAGGUCCCGGCCGGCCCGGAGCUAGAGGUUACCCCGACGAGUACGGCAGCCAGGAGGAGGCCUUCGACGGCCCCGAGGAGCCGGGGAGGGGCUGGGACAACGCGGGGGGCCGGGGGAGGCCUCCCCGAGGAGGAGCGCCGCCCAGAGGAGGGCACGACGGUCACCGUGACGACGGCUCGUCCCCGGCCGGCCGCGAGCGCUCCGCCUCCCUCCAGGGGAUGGACAUGGCGUCUCUGCCCCCCCGGAAGCGGCCGUGGCAGGACGGCCCGGGGACCGGAGACCCCCGGGAGCGAGAGUCCCCCGGAGCCGAGGGAGGACGCGCCCCCCAGAGGGAGGACGGGGGCUACGGGCCCCUGGGGCGAGGCGGGCGAGGCGGAUGGGCUCCUGGGGGACCCGGACCUGUGCCGAGGAGGGGAGGACCGGCGCCCAGAGGGCUGCCGAGGGGGGGCGGCCGGGGCCGGUGAAAAAGUCCCGUGACCCCGCCCCCCCAAGACCGGAGAACAGACCCCGAGAGAAACUUUUGGUCCUGGGAGCUAUUCGGGUCUUCUGAUUGGUCCUGGGAGCCAUUCGGGUCUUCUGAUUGGUCCUGGGAGCCAUUCGGGUCUUCUGAUUGGUCCUGGGAGCCAUUCGGGUCUUCUGAUUGGUCCUGGGAGCCAUUCGGGUCUCCUCGUUGCUCCGGAGCGGAGCAACGAGGAUUUUAAUGUAACAUAUUGUAGAGAAUCAUCAUCGUCUCUUUUCUUUAGAGUCACUGCGUCUGGUUGCUUUUGUAAAAGAUUUCUAUGUUUUUGUGUUUUCACCCAGGUGAACAAUAAAGAUUCACACUUCG